CUACCCUGGCCGACCGGGUUCAAGUCUCGGUUCUAGUAGUGAGAGUAUUCAGAGAAAUCACCCCGAGACGGACUUGGUCACAUUUUCCCAGGAUCAAUGAGUGUCGCCCCGCAAACCGACUCCCUCCGUUCCGGUACCCUUUUCUCAUGGACCGAUACCGUCUAGGAUGAGGGACUAGUCACGGGGAUAACACGGAGGAUCUGGAGCUGGGCAGCCGACCGCUGAACUGCGAGUGGAAUCACAGCUGCUGGCUGCGAAGAUGUCGGGGAAAAUAGAGAGCAAGCAAGACUCCCAGCGGUCCCACCUCUCCUCCUUCACCAUGAAGCUGAUGGACAAGUUCCACUCUCCCAAAAUCAAGAGGACCCCGUCCAAGAAGGGCAAGCUGCUGCAGCCCGAGCCAGCGGUCAAGAGUGCAGAGAAACCUGUCAACAAGAAGGUGAGCCGACUGGAGGAGCAGGAGAAGGACGUGGUGAGUGCCCUGCGCUACUUCAAGACCAUCGUGGACAAGAUGGUGGUGGAGAAGAAGGUGCUGGAGAUGCUUCCCGGGUCGGCCAGCAAGGUCCUGGAGGCCAUCCUGCCUCUGGUGCAGGCGGAGGCUCGGACUCAGCACAGUUCGGCGCUGUCCUCGUGUCACAACCGAGUGUACCAGAGUCUGGCCAACCUCAUCCGCUGGUCCGACCAGGUGAUGCUGGACGGCAUCGACCUGGAGGACAAGGAGAACGUGGUGGCCGUCACCACCGUCAUCAAGGCGGUGCUGGACGGAGUCAAGGAGCUGGUCAAACUGACCAUCGAGAAACAGGAGCAGCCCUCGCCCACCACCCCCAAUAAACCAGUCCCCCCCGCGCCCACGGCAGAGAGCAGCGCGUCAUCCGAGGUGUCCCUGACGGACCAGGAGCCUGAGGUCACCAUCCAGUCCCCCGCCCAGGAGACGCCUUCAGAGGCUGCGUCUGAUGCACCCGACGACGACGUGGCCCCGCCCAAACCCCCCCUCCCUGAGGCCAAGAUGGCAGAGCUGAGAGCUCAGCUGAGUGCUGACGCUGGCCAGAGGAGGUCCACACAGAAGGAGAAUCCCCCGCCGGCCCUGCCUCCUAAGAAGCGUCAGUCGGCCCCCUCGCCCACCAGGGUGGCGGUGGUGGCUCCCAUGAGCCGUGGCUCCAGCCUUCCCUGUAGUGUACACAGACAGCCGCACGACUACGAGCAGGAGUUCCUCCAGAGGCGCUUCUCGGGGGGCAGCCAGUCGUACGGUGGCGAGUCCCCGCGCCUCUCGCCCUGCAGCAGCAUGGGCAAGCUCAGCAAGUCGGAGGAGCAGCUGUCCUCCCUGGAGCAGGACAGCGGGCAGUGCUCCCGCAACACCAGCUGUGAGACGCUCGACAACACGGAGACCUACGACCCGGACUACGACUUCCUCCACCAGGACCUGUCGGCCGGGGACCCCCUGCCCCAGGUCCCGGCCGGCGGCUGCCUCAGCCCCCUCCCCGAGUCCCACAACGAGUCCUCCUCCUCCUCCCCCGUCCCGGGACAGCACCCCACGCACCCCCGCUUCAGUGCCCCGCCCCCGCAGCACACGCCCGAGUACUGGACCCCGCAGCCCACCAAGAACAACCCCCUGGCCCGCGUCAGCGCGCCGCCCGCCCUGCCCCAGAAAAAGCGGCGCAGCGCCCAGGCCUCGCCCUACCCCGACGGGAUGGGGGCGCGGCUGCUGUACGAACGCUACCCCUCGCAGUACGACAACCUGUCGGAGGAGGAGCUGAACCCCACGCCGCCCUUCCCGCUCUUCUCGCCCAUCUCGCCCAUGCCCCAGAGCAACGGGGGGGCCUUCGUGGCGCAGUACCUGGCCAGCGAGCACGGCGACCGGCCCUCCAGCCCCCCGCCGCUGCCCGAGAAGAAGAGCAAACACAUCCUCCAGUACAUGCAGUUUGUGGAGGACUACUCGGAGCCGCAGCCCUCCGUCUUCUACAAGAUGCCGCAGAGCGAGAGCAUCUACGAGCAGCGCAACAAGCGCUUCCAGGAGGUGUGCGGCUUCAACGACUCGUUCAGCAGCACCGACUCGGUGCACGAGCCCGUGCUGCCCCCCGCCCUGCCCCCCAAGCAGAGGCAGCUGGCUUCCCACUCUUCCUCUCCUUCCUCCUCUUCUUCCUCCUCCCUCUCCUGCCACCUCCAGCCGUCGCUGGUGGCCAUGGAGGAGGCGGGCACUGGGCUGGGCCUCAGCAUGUCUGUCUCUAACUCCUACCUGAUUGGCCAGGCUGCCUUGACCACACCAACGAGUUUGGACCGGGUGGCCUUGACCAAUGCCACCGUUCUGGAUGGCAGCGGGGGCGGGCCCAACGGUUCACUGGCCGGCUCAUUGGGCUCUGUGGCUGUCUGUCUUCCUUCCGAGUCCUCUCUCACUGACUCUCUCCACACCUCAGCGAGCGAGGGCGGGUGUGACGAGGGCGGGGAGGGGGAUUACGUCAGCCUGUACUCCUCCAGCCAGGCCAAUGGGGAGCUCCCGCUCUCCCUCAGAGAGCCAAUCCAAGCCGACGAUGUGCUGACAGAUCCCGCCCCUGAGAUGUCCUCCUCCAAUAGCAAAGAGGCCAUCGAAAAAGAAAGGCGGCUGAAGUCCACGUCGUCGGCAGGCAGUGAUGAUGAGGAGGUGGAUGAGCUGUCCCUCAUUGACCACAAGGAGAUCAUGAGCAGGAUAACACUAAAGCAGGAGAGUGACGACGGCCCUGAUGUCCGCGCUGGGUCUGGGGACAUCCUGCUAGUCCACGCCACGGAGACGGACCGCAAAGAUCUGGUGUUGUACUGUGAGGCCUUCCUGACCACAUACAGGACCUUCAUCAGCCCAGAGGACCUCAUCAAGAAGCUACACUACAGAUAUACCAAUUUCUGCCACAGUCCGGACACUUUCAAGAAGAGGGUCAGCAAGAACACCUUCUUCGUCCUGGUGCGGGUGGUGGACGAGCUGUGCCUGGUGGAGCUGACGGAGGACAUCCUGAAGCAGCUAAUGGAGCUGGUGUUCCGGCUGGUGUGUAACGGCGAGCUCAGCCUGGCCCGCGUGCUCCGCAAGAACAUCCUGGACAAGGUGGAGCAGAAGAAGCAGCUUCGCUACACCAACUCCCUCAAGCCCCUGGCGGCCCGCGGCGUCUCUGCCAGGCCAGGAACUCUCCAUGACUUCCGCAGUCAUGAGAUCGCAGAUCAACUCACUCUCCUAGAUGCAGAACUCUUCUACAAGAUUGAGAUUCCUGAAGUGCUGCUCUGGGCCAAGGAGCAGAAUGAGGAGAAGAGUCCCAACCUCACCCAGUUCACCGAGCACUUUAACAACAUGAGCUACUGGGUGCGCUCGUUGAUCAUUCAGCAGGAGAAAGCCCAGGACCGCGAAAAGCUGCUUCUCAAGUUCAUCAAAAUAAUGAAGCACUUACGAAAGUUAAACAACUUCAACUCCUACCUGGCCAUCCUCUCAGCACUGGACUCGGCUCCUAUCCGCAGACUGGAAUGGCAGAAACAGACCUCAGAGGGAUUGGAGGAAUACUGCACGUUGAUCGACAGCUCCUCCUCGUUCAGGGCCUACAGGGCUGCCCUGGCUGAGGUGGAGCCUCCUUGUAUCCCGUACCUGGGACUCAUUCUCCAGGACCUGACCUUUGUCCACCUGGGCAACCCUGACCUCAUCGACGGCAAGGUGAACUUCUCCAAACGCUGGCAGCAGUUCAACAUCCUGGACAGCAUGCGGCGCUUCCAGCAAGUGCAUUAUGAGCUGAAGCGGAACGACGACAUUGUGUGCUUCUUCAACGACUUCAGCGACCACCUGGCGGAGGAGGCGCUCUGGGAGCUCUCGCUGAAGAUCAAGCCCAGGAACAUCACCCGGCGCCGGACGGAGCGCGAGGAGAAGACCUAAGACUCUGCCCCCUGCUGGGCCUUUGACCUCCAACUGUGCUUCAUGAUAACACUAACUCCACUUUACUACACACACACACACACACGCAGAGAGACAGAGCCAACGGGAGACUCAGAAUGGGGACUUAGGAACAAAAGCCUCAGACUUAAGAUAUGAGUCCAGCCAAGGUUUCUACCCCGUGGAUCUAUUUCUUUGGGAGAUUAUAUUAUGGGAUACUGUGGGAGCAGUUCUGUGACCCGGACGCUGCGUGCCAAGAGAGGCACAAGACUGAAUGACUCGGAGCAGACAGGGAGACCUUAUGGAACUAUAGCUCUUCUCCUCUCCCUGUCCUCUGUGUACUAAAGACACGGGACUUGCAAUGUAUGCCAGAUUGAGGUGAAUGGUCCAUAAAUUCCCCCCCACCCUCUCCAAGUGUUCCUUUUUCCAUGCCCUUAUGUAUGUGCCAUUUGUUGGUCAUCUUUGACACUUCCCGCCAAGAAGCUUAAGUUUGGCUAACCAAGUAUAUUCUUCCCAGUGUUUGAGGGCAGCCGGCCAUGAAUUGUGACGCCAGAACGAAGACUACAUUACGAAACGAGAUCACAUAAGGGACUGGAACCUAUGAUAUAUACGUUUGUUAAGAAAACAUUGUGUGUCAGAAUCAUGUAUGGUUAUAUGUAUUAUAUACAGUGCUCCUUUUGUUCUUAAAAAGGAUGUUUAUGCUUGUGAGAAGAGCUUCGCUUCUCCCAAGUGCCGUUUAUAUGCGCACUUACAAAAAAGCAAGUUAAAAAAACUCAUAAUUACUAAAGAUGCUGUGAUCUAUGUACGUCAUACUGAAUCAUCUUGUGCCAUUUUUCGACUAGUCAAAAACCACCAGGCAAUCAAGGAAAUCAUUUAGUGGUCAGGGGUCGAUUGAGAGGCUGCGCGUGACUGAAGUCCUCAUGACUCGUGUGUUGGUCCUUCCAUCGUAUGCUGUUGUAGAUCCACUUGGAUCGCCCCUUUGGGAUCAAGGUCCACCAACACAUCACAUUGUCCUCUAUUCAAUAAACAAACAGCUCAGUUUCUAUACAUAUUGGAUGUGCCUGUGAUGUCACCUUCUUGGGAAACACUUACCCUACAUACUUGCAUAUGUAAGUAUACUUUUAUGUAGAGUAAGCAGCACAAUGAUCAGAACAUCUACAGUGA